AUGCAGAUCCUCCCUAGCUCGUCGAACAUCCCCAAACCUUCAACUUUACAUUGUCUCCCGGUUGCUACAGGCGAGUGGUCCUUCUGUCGUGACACCGGAGUGAACGGCAGAGGUAGCUCUCCUCGCAUCUGCAACCCUUCCGUCGCAGCACCACAGCCGAAAAAAUGGGAGGAGACAACGGAUGAGAUGUUCGAGGACGGUCUGAACCUGAACUUGCAUGCUAAAGUGGAUUCCUGGGAGGAAGCAAAUGAGAUAUUGGACGUAAUUUUGUUCGAUGAGAUUGAAGAAACAAUGAUAUACGCCGCCAGAAACACUAUAGUUCAAGAAUGUGUUCUCUCAAUACUUAGACUCGGAGUAGCUGCUUCGACAGAAUCACCCGAGCAGCGGAUGAGCAUCUGUGACGUUGCAGUAGAGCUGCUUGGAAUCAAGGGGAAACUUGUAAAAAAGUGGGUUCCUGCAAGCAAGCAAAAGACAUAUUGGACGUCUACUUCUGUACGAGAAGAUGGAAGAAACCUCGAUAUAUGCAGCAGAAACACUUCCAUUCAAGAAUGUGAGGCAGAAAUAUGA